CGGCGCCAUGCUCCGCUGCAUGCCCCUGUGGGCGGCUGCAACCGGCAGGUGGAGGCGGUGGCACCGGCGGCACAGCUCGCUGCAGGCCGUGCCCGAGGGAGGUCUAGCCGCUACAGCCGCAGCCUGGCAGGAGCUGCUGCUCGACGCCAACCAGCUCCGGGAGCUGCCCAAGCCCUUUUUCCCUCUGAACCUGCGCAAGCUGGGUCUGAGUGACAAUGAGAUCCAGCGGCUUCCGCCCGAGGUGGCCAACUUCAUGCAGCUGGUGGAGCUGGACAUUUCCCGCAACGACAUCCCAGAAAUCCCAGAGGGCAUCAAAGUUCUGCAAGUCCUGGAGAUCGCAGACUUCAGCGGGAACCCUCUGUCCCGCUCGCCCGACGGCUUCACCCAACUGCGCAGCCUGGCCCAUCUGGCACUGAAUGAUGUGUCAUUACAGACCCUGCCGGGGGAUGUGGGCAAUUUGGCCAACCUGGUGACUCUGGAGCUGAGGGAGAACUUGCUCAAGACCUGCCCACGUGACUCCCUCUCCUUCCUCGUCAAGCUGGAGCAGCUCGAUCUGGGGGGCUUAAAAGACCUUGGAAGUGCCCUGCCGGACACCUUGGUGCACUGCCCACUGCGGGAGCUGUGGCUCGACAGGAACCAGCUGUCCACUCUGCCCCCGGAGCUGGGGAACCUGCGGCGGCUGGUCUGCUUGGACGUGUCCGAGAACAAGCUGGAGCGCCUACCGGCGGAGGUCAGCGGCCUGGCCGUGCUCACGGACCUGCUGCUCUCCCAGAACCUGCUGGAGCGCAUCCCCGACGGCAUCGGGCAGCUGAAGCAGCUGUCCAUCUUGAAGGUGGACCAGAAUCGCCUGGCGGAGGUGACCGAGGCCAUCGGGGACUGUGAGAACCUGUCGGAGCUGAUCCUCACCGAGAACCUACUCACGGUACGCCCCCGCUCCCUGGGGAAGCUGCACAAACUGACCAACCUGAACGUGGACCGGAACCGGCUGGUGGCGCUGCCUGCCGAGGUGGGCGGCUGUGCCAGCCUGAACGUCCUGUCCCUGCGCGACAACCGGCUGACCGCCCUGCCCUCCGAGCUGGCCCAAGCGCCGGAGCUGCACGUGCUGGAUGUGGCGGGAAACCGCUCAACCCCGUGCUCCGCAGCCCUGCAGAACCUGCCCCUGGCAUGACGACGCUGAACCUGAACAGCCCUGUGGCUGGCGGAGAACCAGUCGCCGAUGCUCAAGUUCCAGACGGAAGAGGGAGCCACGGGCCAGAAAGUGCUCACCUGCUACCUGCUGCCCCAGCAGCCCCUCGGCCAGCCUCGGCGUGAUGACAGCUGGACAGACGCCAACCUCAAUCGGGUCAGCGUAAUCCAGUUCUUGAGGAACCUCAACGCGGCCGAGGACGAGGAGGGGGCCGAACGGGCUUGCAAACGCAGAUGCCACCCCUCACCCAGUGAACUGAAGGUCAUUAAGAAAGUGAUCGAGGUGCGGCGCCACGAGGCCUUCCCGCGCCCUCGUCCCCCGCGGACCCGCCGGACUCUCCCGCCGCACAGGGCAAGAGACUCAGUGCCGGCUCCCAGCCGAGCCAGGAUUCCCCAGGGCUCUAGCACCAGCAACCGUCUCUGCGGGUGGCCCCGGGGAGCCCGAGGAGCAGAGGACGCAGGAAGCGGGGCCUCAACGGGAGCCCCACGCCAGCCGACAGCGCACAGCGAGGAGGCGAGCCCCGGCGCCCAGCGCGGAGCUGGACGAGGGUGCUGGCCGCCGGAGGAAGAGGAGGAGCAGGAGAUGGAAUACGACGAGCCCACAGUGCACUUUGCCGAGGACACACUGCUGCCCAGCGCCGAACCGGCGGGCGUGGCCGGAGAGCGGGAGCCGCACGAGCAAGAGGGAGGAGGGGGCGGAGCGCUGCUGGAGGCCGGCCAACGCCAGAGGCUCUUCCGCAAGGACACCCCGCACUACAAGAAGCAUUUCCGGAUCACCAAGCUGCCCAGGCCCGAGGCUGUGGCGCCCUGCUGCAGGGGCUGCGCCCCGACGGGACCCCCCAGGAGGGGGCCUUUCCCGUCGCCGGCGGGGGCCUGUGUAGCAACGGCCCCGCCCCCAGGACCAGCCGCCGGCCCCUGGGGCCUGCAGGGGGCCGAGGAGGAGGAGGAGCAAGAAGAGGAGGACCGGGAUGAGGAGGACCGGGAGGAAGAGGAGGAGGAGAUGGAAGAAGAUGACGACGAAGACGAGGGGGAACGGGGCUCAGGCUGCCCAGCCACCACCAAGGGGGUGUCGUUUGAUCAAGCCAAUAACCUGCUGAUUGAACCUGCUCGAAUUGAGGAGGAAGAGCUCACACUAACCAUCCUGAGGCAGACAGGGGGUCUGGGCAUCAGCAUCGCAGGGGGGAAGGGGUCCACGCCCUACAAGGGAGAUGAUGAGGGCAUAUUCAUCUCUCGAGUGUCCGAGGAAGGUCCCGCGGCCCGCGCUGGGGUCCGUGUGGGAGACAAGCUACUGGAGGUCAAUGGCGUAGCCCUGCGGGGCGCAGAGCACCAGCAGGCCGUGGAGGCACUGCGUGGGUCCGGCCCCGCGGUGGCCAUGACUGUCCUGCGGGAGCGGAUGGUGGAGCCGGAGAACGCCAUCACCGUCACCCCGCUGCGACCCGAGGACGACUACAGCCCCCGAGGGGCCCGAGGCGGGCUACGCUUCCCCCUGCCUGCCUCGCCCGGCCCCGGCCGCCAGCGCUACACCGCCUGCCUCGUGCGCGACGAGAAGGGCUUGGGGUUCAGCAUCGCCGGAGGAAAAGGCUCCACGCCCUACCGGGCCGGCGAUGGGGGCAUCUUCAUCUCCAGAAUCGCAGAGGGCGGUGCUGCCCAUCGGGCAGGGACGCUGCAGGUCGGGGACCGGGUCAUCUCGAUCAGCGGCGUGGAUAUGACAGAGGCCAGACACGAUCAGGCAGUGUCCCUGCUGACCUCCUCGACGGCCACCGUGGCCCUGCUGCUGGAGCGGGAAGCUGAUGGGGAGCCAGGGGCCCCCAUCCGCCCCCGCUCCCCCUCCCCCUCCCGCUGGCUCCCCUCUGGUUGGGGAGGCGGGGGCACUGGGAGCUAUGCUUGCCGCGGGGGCCUGGCGCUGCGCAGCGGCCUGAGGGUUGGCGACCAUCUGGCAGCCAACGGCACAGACCUGUGCCACGCCACGCACCAGGAGGCCGUCAGCGCCCUGCUCGCCCCCACCCCUGAGCUGCGCCUGCUGGUCCGCCGGGAUCCCCCGCCGCCGGCAUGCAGAGGGCUCUCCAUCGAGAAGGCCCCGGGCGAGAAGCUGGGCAUCAAUCGCGGAGGUGCCAAGGGCCAUGCGGGAAACCCCCUCGACCCCACUGACGAAGGCAUCUUCAUCUCCAAGGUCAGCACGACGGGUGCGCGGGGCCGGGACGGGCGCCUGCGGUGGGGGCUGCGCCUGCUGGAGGUGAACGGCCAGAGCCUGCUGGGACUGACACACCCGGAGGCCGUGCAGCUGCUCCGAGCCGUGGGAGACAGCGCUCUCACCGUACUCGUGUGUGACGGCUUUGACCCGCGCACCGCCGCUGUCGAGGUCAGCCCCGGCGUCAUCGCUAACCAUGUGCUGUCGGGCUCGGGGAGGGACAGCCUGGAGAGCGUCUCAUCCAUCGACCGGGACCUCAGCCCCGAGGGAGUUGACACGCUGCAAAAUGUCCGGCCCCAGCCUGUGCCCUCCCUAAAACCAUCCAUCGCAGGCCGAGCGGAGUUGGAUUUGAAGAAAGAGACGACCCAGUGGGAGAGGGAAGACAGGAACCAAGUGCCCCCGCCCUCGGAGCCCCUGAAGCUGGAUUACCGCACUCUGGCGGCCCUGCCAAGCACCAGCAUCCAGCGGGUCAGCCCCCGGGGAGGGAUGGAUAGGUCAUGGGAGGUGCUAGGGGACCGUGACUCCAGUGUGGACCAGGCAACAGCCCCUAGCCCUGGCCCCGAGACCCCCUCCAGCCAUGAGGCCGAAUCAGCCCGUCCGGCCCCUGGACCACCGAAGACCCCGACCCCCGCCACGGAGGCGGAAGUGGAGGAGCGGCUGGUGGUGUCUGAGCCGAUCCCGUUCGACGAAAACCCCUUCGUGCUGGCCAACCGGCGGGGGGUGGGGUGGGGCCCUGGGCGAGGCGGAGCGCGGUUGGGGGGGCCUCCGCUCGGCUACGGCCAGGGAGGGGUCCUGAAGACCCAGCUGGGUGUUCCUCAGGCAAGCCCACCCCCCCACCCCAGCCCAGGCCACAUGGAAUCUGCAUGCAGUCACCCCACGGGGGCCUGGUGGGAGAAGGGCUGGUGGCACCCCGACCCUGGGUGGAGUUGCCGUGACCUUCCGAGUGAUAUGACCUCUAACCUUCUGAGUGACUUUGCCGUGCCGUGCUGCUCCAGGGGGAGGCUUGCCCGGAGCUCGGCUCUCUCCCAGGGGCCAACAGGAGGCCUCGAGUGGCUACUGUGUUCUCUGAUGUGUUCCUGUCUGCCACUAUCCCUGUCCCUGUCUGUCUGUCCCCUGUGCCCACAGCCGGCUGCAUCUCCCCGGCCCAGCCACCUGGCGGGUAGAGAGACUCGCUUUGCCUCCAUCGGUUUCUUGCCCUGCCAGGAGCUUCCCAAAUCUGGAGGCCCCCCAGUUUUCUCCAACUCCUCGCUGCCCUCCCACGAGGUCCCAGGCAGCAUCAAGCAGGUGGAUAAAGAAUCGGCUGCUGGGCCGGUGCCCCCUCCGCUGAGCAAUCCAGAGGCGGGGUCUGCGGCUGCGCCCCCCGGCCCUGAGCGACUGUCGUUCCGUGAGCGGCAGAAAUACUUUGAGAUGGAGGGGAAGGCGCCAGCCACUGGAGGCCCCCCAAAGCGGGUGAACCUGGUAGGAGAGGAUGACCUGAGGAAGAUGAAGGAAGAAGAAGCCCGGAAGCUCCAACAGAAACGGGAGCAACUGCUGGAGGAGGAAGAGGAAGAGGAGGAAGAGGAGGCGGCCGAGAGGACCGAUGGGCCCAGCCUGGGUAGCACAGCAAUCGAGGGAAUGGAGUUCCAGUUGGAGCCACUGGAUGACCGGGAGCCCUCCGCCCAGGGCUCUGGGCUGAGCCCCGUGUCUCCAGCGGGCGCCCCAGUGAGGACGGCCAAGGCUGAGCGGCGGGCGCAGGAGCGUCUGCGGGUGCAGAGUCCGGAGCUGGUAGGGGCUGGGGCUGGGAACAAGGAGCUGUCUCCAGCCGAGCGCCGCGCUCUGGAAGCUGAGAAACGGGCGCUGUGGAGAGCGGCAAGAAUGAAAUCUCUGGAGCAGGACGCCCUCAAGGCCCAGAUGGUCAUCGCCAAAUCCAAGGAAGGGAGGAAGCGAAGUCCCCUGGGCCAGCUGGCCGAGGCACCGUCUCCUGCCCCCACCCCUUCUCCAACACCUCUGGAAGAUUUCAGCCCCAGGACAGUGACCUCGCCCGGCCGGCUGUCCCUGUCUGAGAAGAAGUUUGACUACAGAGCGUUUGCGGCUCUUCCCUCCUCCAAGCCCGUGUAUGGGAUCCAGUCCCCAGACCUAGCUGAGCAGCUGCCUUUCCUGGACGACCCCGCCGGCUCUAGCCGUCAGGAAGACGGGGAGGUGGAGCAGGUGUUGGGGGUGCAGGAGGCCACCCUCCCCAGACGGCCGACCCUGGAGGAGUCGGGCAUGUACAGCCACCAGCACACACUGGACACCGCUGUCCCCACAUAGGGCCACACAGCCCGGGACGCCACCACAACCCCCAGCCGGCCACCGCCCGCUCCGGGGCCACCCCACGGACCACGAGCAGCUGUGGCCCGCUCCCCUGGGCCCCGGCCUGGCUGGGCCGUGCCAGCCCCAGCCCCAGUCCCUCUCUGGAGCUCUGGCCGGUGGGGAGCUGAGGGAGAGGGCAGGGGGCCAGACCCGGCCCUCGCGUCGGUGCUGAGUGACUGGGUUCCCGGCCCCCCGAGGCCUGGGACGGGGAGGGGAGGGGCGAGCAGGUG